AUGGAGAUGAUAUACGGUCGAGUUGAUGAUUCGUUCCUCCUGCUCCCAAGAUAUCUGUAUGCCCUGAGGGAAGCGAAUCCUGGCACCUUGAUUGGUUUGGAAGUAGACAUAGACUGUCGGUUCAAACAUUUGUUUGUUGCUCUUGCGGCUUCCAUCUCACCUUUCUACUUUCACCUUCGACCAGUGAUUGUGGUUGACGGCACACACCUGAAGGGAAAAAAUAGUGGCAUUUUGUUUGUUGCUGUGGCAAAAGACGGAAACGAGGCAGUUUUUCCCUUGGCGAUCGGUGUCGGUCCGAUCGAGAAUGAUGAGUCGUGGAAGUGGUUUAUGUCACAUCUGAGACAAGCUUUCGGCGAGCCCGAGAACUUACUUAUUAUCAAGGGUUACAGGCCCGGUGUUGCUGAGCUUCUCUGCCAAGCUGCAUACGCCUAUGAGCAAUCAAAUUACACGCGUGCUAUGUCAGCCAUGGCUGCUCUGAAGCCAAAGGCGUACGAGAAGUUGUUGCGCGUAGGACCGGAGAAGUGGGCACGAUCACAAUGUCCUGUGUCCCGUUACAGUUUCCUUACAUCCAAUGCCGCCAAGAGUUUUAAUGCACGUUUGUUGUGGGCCAGGUGUCUUCCCAUCUGCUCGAUGUUGGAGGCAAUCAGAUUAGUUAUCGAGCAGUGGUUCAACGACAGGCUUGCGGCCGCACAAGAGAGCGAUGAAAAUCUGACUCCGGAGGCAAAACAGAAGCUCAGUGCAGAACUUGUAAAAAGUCGUCGUUACACAGCCAAGAGGACCACCGAGGGAAAAUACAGGAUUCGUGCGAGUGGUCGCCAUUAUAUGGUUGACCUUCAAGAGCAGAGCUGUGAAUGCAACGAAUUCGACCUGGACCAGAUGCCGUGUUCUCAUGCGAUUGCAGCCAUGAGGCGAACGAGUCAGUGGAGGAUUACGUGCACUCUUACUACUGGAGCAGUUCACUAG